AUGCCCGGCACCGCAGCCGUGAAGCAUCUCAGUCAACUCUCCAAGGUAGUCAAACGCAAGCUGUCCCUCUUCUGGGGAGAAGCUCUCGGAGGCUCGACCCGUAUCAAUGCAAUGGUCCUCACGCGCGGUCCGCCCAGCAACUAUAACGACUGGUCCCAGGAGUACGGGCUCAAAGACUGGGCCUGGGAGAGAGUAGAGCCUUACUUUAUCAAGAGUGAGAACGCCAUAGGCCAUCCAAAAGCUCUAUAUCGAGGCCACCGGGGGCCGGUCGAAAACCGUCAGAUGCCCUUGCCAUUCUCCUGCUACCCAUACAUUGAGAUAGCCGCUCGCAAGCUGGGAUUUCCCAUCUAUGACGACUGUAACAAUCCAGCAGCGGGUGCGCAGGGAUACUUUAGCCUCGACCACACCAUCAGCGCGAGCGGUCGGCGCUUCUCUGCGUACCAGGCGUGGCUAAACAAAGACGUUGCCAUCGCUCGAAAGUCUCACCUCACUGUGUGCACCGGCGUGACCGUCUCCAAGCUCGAAAUCGACCCGGAAUCGCGGAGGGCAGUUGGGGUUAGAAUCCACGGGAAAGGGAAGACGAGCGACGAAGAUUAUCGCGUCAAGGCACGACGGGAAGUGGUCUUAUGCGCUGGUGCAAUAGGGACUCCACCGAUAUUGAUGCGAAGUGGCAUCGGACCCGAAGACCAACUCGACCAACUCGGCAUUCCCAUCGUCCAAGAGUCGUCCGCGGUGGGCAACAACCUCAUGGACCACAUUUCUGUGCCCAUCAUGUGCAAGCUCCCGGCCCGGGAUACCAUCCACAGCCUCUACAAUCCGCUUGUCUUCAUCUGGCAACUCAUCCUCUGGAUCUUCUUCGGCCGCGGCCUCCUGGCACACUCUUCAACAAGCUCAACCAUCUUUGCUCGCAUGACUGCUAUCGAUGAUACGACUCUGCAAGUCCAGACGUCGCGCGAUGGAAUCGACACAAUGGACCCAAUGAAUCCACAAAACGUCCCUGAUGUAGAAAUCAUGGUGAUUCCUGUGUCUUGCUACCUCGAUGUGAAUGUAACCACCCAUCCGCUGAUGACUUGGCAAUGCACGCUGGUCCAGCCCUUCAGCAAAGGAAGCCUCCGACUGGCAACCACCAGUCCCGAGCAUUUCCCCGAAGUGAUCCAUCCUCUCCUUCGAGACGACAGAGACCUCGUGCCUAUGCGAAAGGCAAUCCGCAUGUCGCUACGUCUCGGCCAGGAAUUUGCUCGCUCGGGAUACCCUCAUCCCGCGCCUGUGCUCUACGGACCUGGCAUGGACCUGCAAUAUCUCGAUAGCAUAUUUGGAUUUGUUACGCAGCUGCCAGAUAAAGAGGAAGACAAAAAAGGUGAAAUAACGGAGCUCCCGGAUUGGCAGACCAUCUCGGACAAAACCAUCGAUGAGUACGCACAUCGCACCUACCAGAGUUCUCUCCACUAUGCCUGCACCUGUCGAAUGUCCCUGGAUCCGGCAGACGGCGUCGUGGAUCAGAGGCUACGGGUCUUCGGAGUCGAGCGCCUCCGUAUAGCCGACGCCAGCGUGUUUCCCAAGAUCCCGAGUGGACACACAAUGGCACCAACCAUGAUGGUGGCUGAGCGAUGUGCCGAUUUCAUCAAGGAGACGUGGCGUGAUAAGGAGUCGCUGCGUAUCUGA